AUGGGAACGAAAGUUGAGGCAACUUUUGAUCAGCUGCGAGGCAUCUUGGAUGCGGAGGACUUUGGCUCGUGGAGCAACGACGAUGCCAACAUUCUUCUUUCGCUGCUGGAUCAGUACCACAAGCAGAAAUGCAAACUCCAGAGAGGUAGGACGCGGAAUCCCGGUGGCAGGGAGGGAGAAGCGGAGAGGCAAGAUGAGGAUGAUGAAACCGUGAUUGGUGAGGUCGACAGAUCACUCACAAAAGUGCGCCAUUUUUUGCAAGAGCGUCUCCCGUACGGCACGAUUGCCGAACCAAAAGUGCCACAUUCCUCCACGUUGGCCUCUCCCGUAAAAUGCGGUGCCGACCCAGGGGCAGGGAAAGGGGAGGUGAGGCCGCCCACCUUUUCAGUCGACGCCUUCAUGUAUCUUGAAGAGGACAUUGAGGAAUUGGUGCAACGUGGGUGCAUCGCACGGGAAUACUGUCGAACGUGUGGGUCGAUUGCGAUUGGUCUGUGCGACUACAUUACACACUCCUUUUCACAGGAUCAAUUGGUUUACAUUUCCUGCUAUCUGAUUCCUUCUCUCAGUGACGCUUCUUACGUUUUCACAACUGACCUGUGUCUACGCCGACGUGAAAAGCAAAUCUUGAAUGCGAGUGCUCCUUUUACGUGUCAGCACGUUGUAGAUGUUGGCUCACGUCUUGGCGUGGUGCUUCUUUCCUGUUACUUUGCCGCACACCAGCAACGUUUAAAAGCGACACGGCGAGUUACAGGUGUGGAAAUUGACGAUAAAAUGAUGGGCUUGCAGCACGAUGCCAUUGCGCGCUUUGCCACUAGACCCACGUUGCUUCAGCUGGAUCUCGUUCACAGCAGUUGUCUUGAGGGGGCCGGUGCGGAGGUUCUUCGCGAGGCCGAUGUGAUCAUUCUUCAUAACGUUUUUGAGUACUUUAUUUCGUCAACGGUGGAGCACCUCAAGUGUUGGCGGCGUCUUCGCGAAAUAUUGGCGCGCCGCGGCCAGCUGCUCAUAUGUUGCCCGAGCUUAGAGGAAACCUUUGCCUCGUUUACGGAAGAUGAUGUGCACGGCAUGACGAAAGGCGACAGGACUGCCGGCGGGCCGGUCUCUCAACAGGGUGAGGUUGAAUUCAACCGCAAACGGCAGCGCGAGGGGGAGAAGAAGAAGGAUGGAGGUGUUGUUGAGAGUUGGUGUCGGUCGUGGGUGGAGGAGAUUGACGUGGCGGAGGUGCGCGAGGCAUUCCUCGCCUACCGCCAUGGAAACUACUCCUGCCGUGAUGCUCACUCCUCGUGUGAUGGUGAAAUGGACGAAGAGCUGACGGAAAGAAUACAGAGUGUGAGGGUCUAUAUGGUGAAAUAA